GGGAUGAUCAGUUUACGCUUUGGUGCGACAAGUGGUGUUCGAUCUGUCAAACUGAAAUCAACUCACUGUUUUCCCUCAAACAAAUCUUCACACUUUCGCUAACAAUGACGUCUCUCACAUCGUAAAUUUCUAUUAUUUACCGAUCAAGCUUUCCCUCGAAUCUCCACUCUUUCUGAUCGAGAAUAAUUACGAUGAAGCAUACUGACCUAAACAAAGGAGAGCAGGACUUGCAUUUGCCAAAGAAAGAUGCAACUACCAGUGAACAGAGUAUCUCCAGCUUGAUGUCCACUGCAUCCUCAUCGCAGGAUGAAAAUUUUCGUGUUCCCAAGCAUGCUGAGAACAGUUUAAGGUGCAUGGAGGAGUAUUUGCACCAGCAACUGUUGACUGAUGUCGUUCUCAUUGCAGGAGAGAAACGAUUUCCGGCGCAUCGUCUGGUCCUCAGUGCAGGUUCCGAGUACUUCUCAGCGAUGUUCACAAGUUCUCUGAGGGAAUCUGGUCAGACUGAAGUGGAAUUGAGGGAAGUUGAUCCGGAUGCAUUAUGGGCACUCAUUCAAUUCUGUUAUACAGGCUGCAUUGAACUUCGCGAGGACUGUGUGGAGACUCUUCUGGCGACUGCCAGCCUCCUCCAAAUCGAUGCUGUGGUGAAAGCCUGCUGUCAGUUUCUCAUAAAACAACUGCACCCAAGCAAUUGCCUCGGGAUACGCAUGUUCGCUGACACUCAGGGCUGCUCCCACCUAUUAAACGUCGCACACACGUACACUACUGAACACUUCAUGGAAGUGAUGAAGAAUCAAGAAUUUCUGUUGCUUUCGGCAGAUGAUGUGGCGAAGUUGAUUGAGUCGGAUGAUCUGAAUAUUCCUUCGGAGGAGAUUGUAUUUCGAGCAUUAAUUAGCUGGCUGGAGCACGACCUCGAGAUCCGUCGUAAAGACGCCAGCAAGCUCUUGGGAUUGGUCAGAUUGCCCCUGUUAUCACCUGUCUUCAUAGCUGAUAACAUUGACGGCAACGAGAUAUUCAAAGACGAGAAAAGAGCUCAGGAAUUGGUGAUGGAAGCCCUGAAGUACCAUCUGCUCCCCGAGCGACGUCCAUUGCUCCAGACAUGCAGGACUAGACCGAGAAAAGCAACUGUCGGACAGCUACUUGCAGUGGGGGGAAUGGACGACAACAAAGGCGCCACUUCCAUUGACGCUUUCUCUCUGUGUGAUAAUGCAUGGAAAUACUUGGGUAGUCUGAAUGGUCGUCGUUUGCAAUUCGGAGCUGCUGUUGUUGGAUCGAGAUUGAUUAUCGCUGGAGGAAGAGAUGGCUUGAAAACCAUGAAUAGUGUGGAGAGACUGGAUUUUUCUACUUUAAAGUGGAGCAGCCUGCCACCCAUGAAUACUCAUCGUCAUGGAUUAGGUGUUGCAGUUCUCGGUGGACCACUCUACGCAGUUGGUGGUCACGAUGGCUGGAGUUUCUUACAGACAGUAGAGAGAUGGGAUCCAAAUACCCAGGAGUGGAGUUAUAUUGCUCCAAUGCCCGGUCCUAGGUCCACCGUCGGCGUUGCAGUGCUAAAUGACAAAUUGUAUGCAGUUGGUGGAAGGGACACGAACUCGUGCCUGAACACUGUAGAUUGUUACGAUCCACAUACGAAUAAGUGGACUAGCUGUGCAUCAAUGUCACAGAGACGUGGUGGGGUUGGCGUUGGCGUUGCCAAUGGAUGUCUUUAUGCACUUGGCGGAUACGACGCAGCUGCUAGAGGUUCUAAUGCCUGCAGAUACGACAGUGUUGAGCGAUAUGACCCAAAAACUGACACUUGGACGAUGGUAGCACCAAUGAGUGUAGCUCGAGAUGCAGUGGGUGUCUGUCUCCUGGGGGAUCAGUUGUUAGCAGUAGGUGGUUAUGAUGGGCAACAAUAUCUUACUCUUGUUGAAGCAUACGAUCCCAUUCUGAAUGAGUGGCACCAGGCGAGUAUACAUUAUUUUUUUCGAUUGCAAGGAAUGUCAAAUAAAUCGACAAACCUCCUGUUUUAUUGAAUUGUUUGAGGAAAUUUUUUUCAUGAUCUAUUUUUGUAGGUUGCACCUCUGAGGGCAGGAAGAGCUGGGCCAUGUGUCACGCUAAAAGACCCCAUUGGCUGAAAAAAAAAGAAAGACGAUGAAUCUCAGGCCUCUCCGGACGCUCGCAUACGUAAACAUAAUCAAAAGUUCCAGUGAAAGUGAAAAUCAAAUUAUAUUCCUGAAGAAAGAGUGGAGAAAUCUGGAUUGGUUUCUCCAAUCGUAUUGAUAUAAAGACUGAAAGUGGUGAACGGUAUAGUUUUGUUCGAAAAAUUCUUGAAGCUAAUUUACCUCCUCAACAAAGAUUGUUUCUUAUCAUCACUGUCAAAGAGUUUGAUAAGAGAUUUCAAGUGUGUUUCAAUGUAUUAGUUUUAAUUGUCAUCUUGUAUUCCUAAAUGUGAUACUCGUGAUUUUCACAUGCUAUUUUUGUACGCUCAAUGUACUUUAAAUUACGGACAUUGCAUCUUAAUGAAAUGUUCUGGACCAUAAUUUUUCAGGUUCUAAGAGAAUUUAUAUAUUUAAGAAGAUAAGAAACAUCUGAUUUUUAAUUUUUUUUGGUAACCCUUGUUGUGUGGAUACCUUUGAAUUGGUUUAAUAGGCAUAAUCUAAAUUGUAAUACUGUUGAUUAUCCUAUGCUAUUUUUGUACUCCCCAUAAUUCAAUGAGUGUGCUACUUUUCAGUGUGCUUUGAGUUUAAGAUGAUCGUAUGUUUAUAAAAUAUUUUCCGCUGUUAUUCAUUAGAUAAUAAGAAAAUCGUGUAUAAAAAAAAAUAAUGGAUACUUUUUCUUUAUUUUUAAAUACGAUUUCUCAAAUGCUCGUGAAUUAUGACUCAUGAAAUACGAAACUUUUCUUCCUAUGGUCGUAUUCAAUAAUAAUUCAAUAAUAUUCAAUGUCAGCUGAAAUAUACUAUUUGUAAUUGUUAUCUUGUAUUUCUUAAUGUGAUACUGGUAGUUUGCACAUGCUAUUUUUGCACUCUCAAUAAUUAUGUACUAUCAAGUUGUUCGAAACUGUAAUUUAUCAGAUGAUCAGAAAAUUAUAUGUUCAAAAAGGUAAUAAA